AUUUAACAGAUGAAUAUAAUGAAGCUCAGGAUAAACUUCCAUAUACAUAUUUUGAAUAUGGAGAUGAAGAAUAUGAUGAUGCGGACGAGGAAACCAAACAAUUAUAUAGAUUUGGAUGGUAA